AUGAAGGGCCACGCGGACAAGGCGGGUGACUGGCGCGAGCACUAUGGCUUCCUUAAUGCGACGGACAAGCUGUUCUUGGCUUAUCCCUGUCCGACCAAGCCACGUAGCCCCAACGAGAGCGACAAGGCGGUCGACUGGGCCAUCACGAUGCGACCACAGACCGCGAGUGAUUUCCUCAAUAACGAAAAUGCUGUCGAGCAACUCUCCCUUUUGAGCCAGCCCGUGUCGCCCAAGGAGCGCGGCCAAAACAUCCUCAUCCUCGGACCGCCUGGCGCCGGCAAGACAUCGUAUAUGCAGCUGCUACUGGCGCAUUUGUACCCGGUGCCGGCCGAGCGCAAGCGAUAUACGUUGUCUCUUGAAGCCGACCACAUCGAUGAGCGCGACCUGCUCGUCAAGGUGCAGACAUUUACACGCUACCACGAAAAGCACACGGUGUUGGUCGACAAGUAUCUCUACAUUGCGAUCGAAAACUUUGAUCGGCUCAACCCGCGUGUGCAGCAGCAUACGCUCGGCCCGAUCUGGGACACGAUCAACACCAAAUCGAUCUACUUUAUCUUGACCGUGACGCCCGAUGCGAGCCGCGUCACCGAGCAGAUCCGAUCGUCCAGCAAGUGCAUUCCACUCGCGCCGCUCACGCCGCUGCACGUGCUCGAGAAAGUUCUGCGCAUUUGCACCCGCGAACGCAUUGGCUAUGUGCGGUCGGCGAUCGAGUCGUUGGUCGCGCGUAAAAAAGCCAAGUGCAUCCCGAGCGUGCAGCUGCUCCAGACGUUGUUUCUGUCGCACCACUACCUCAGCGUUGAAAACGUGCGCAAAUCGCUGGUAACGAAAGCGAGCACGGAGCCGGCCAACCGCGUCCUCUCGAUUCCAGAGGUCACGUUUCCCCUUCGGCGCUGCACUGUCUGCACGCUCCUCCCACCCUGCAAGCACAUCACGCUCGACAAGAUGUACGCCAAGGUGUCGCACAUGCGCGCGCUGUAUCCGCAAGACAACCAGCGCGCCGUGUGCCCCGACUUUGCCCGCACCGGCGUUUGCCAUGCCUUUCAUCGCCGCGCCAAAUGCCUCUACGACCACCCGCUGGAGCUACACGACAUCGAUACAUCGCCUCUCGCGCCGCGCUGCAGAGUGCACACGCUGCCGCUGCCAUGCGACCACUGCGCGACGCUCACGCGCAGUGCGGUCGAGGCGAAAGCCCUCCACGCGCAGCUCAAAUCGGCCCAAGCAAGCCAUGUGAAAGCAACCAAAGAGCUCGGGGUUGUCCAGCACCGCCUGUACCUCCACCUCAAGACGGAGGCGACGCUGUGGGGCAAUGCCAAGCGGCAGUUUGACGCGACGACCGAGCAUCUGCGCGGCCUCGUGGGCGCCGCGACGGCCCAUGUCGCGCAGUGGAAGGAUGUGAUUCACGAUACGACGCCCAAGGUGGCCGCGCUGGAUGCGGCGAUUGCGCGUGGGUUUUGUAAAGGUGUCGGCAAAGGCCAGGCGUACCCUGUGAGGCUGGCCGAGACGACAGUGUAG